AACAUUCCGAUAUAUUUCGGGGUAAUUUCCGCGAGGGAUGCGUACACAGAAAAAAUCGUCGUGAAACAGGGAUCGAAGAGAGUCGGGAACGGGAACGGGAACAGUAGUCACCGUUUACCAGGGGACGUCGGAUACGUGCGGCAAUCGAGGGUGAACGUAAGCUGUAUGAAUCGGUGCGAUCCGGGCGGGGUGGUAGCAAAGGGUGGCUCAACAAAGACUGCCAUCUGGUGACGGUCGCUUCAAGUUCGAGCCACUGCUUCCCCGUGAAGUACACAGCCGAAACGAGACGUUCGGCACCGAAACGACAUCACCGCGAGCCUUUUUUCGUGGGAUCGGGGCGAUAGCUUGUUCACGUUGCGGUACAUCCGCCAAACGAUCGCGUGUGAACCGAGUCGUGCGCGAUUUACGCGGUAUCGGGGGUGCGUAAACGUAAGGAGCGAGCACACGGAACGAUCACGCAUCGACGAGCCACAGGAUGACGGAGACGACGACAGUGACGUAAAGCCCACGAGGCCAAGUGGAUCCCCGAUUGGUGACCCGACUUGUUUCUUUUUUUUGCUUUCGUGCACGUACACGGGAGUGAUCCAUGGCCGAAAUUCGGUCGUUGAGGCUCGAUUGAGCCGCGCGAUCGUGCGAUCGCUCGAAAGUGUGGAAAUUAGGCGGAUCCUGUGCGUUCCCGGAUAACAAUGAUCUAUGUCGAGGGAAUACCGUUGGAGCGUGCGAUGAAUCCUCGCAGUGGUUCCGUUCGCGAUCGCCCCCAGCUCGGGAAAAGGUGUUUGGUCGAUGACUGAACCUCUCCCGGAUCUCGAAGACUCUCGUGGCAUCGUUUCACGCGCAGGAGGCGGCCAAUAAUCUCGUCCUGGUUAUCUCGUCGAUGACAGCUAGCUCCCGUAGGAUGUAAGCGUUCCGAAAGAAACGGCGAAGGGACUGUCGAAAUGUGAAGGAACAGGGGUUGGUGAAGAACGCGGGUUUCGAAUCGCUCCGCUGGACGAUACCGUGUUGAACAACGGCUGAAUAUCGACCGAAGGCCGCGGCUACCGAAUUAGUUGUGGCGAAGGUCGCGGAUAAACGCGUGCAAUUCGGUCCCAGUGAGUGCGUUUCCGCUUCCAGAUCGGUUGCUCGGAAGAUUAUUGACGUUUGCCGCGGGUUCGCAACCUCCAAUUAGCCAUCCCCGAGGUUAAUCGCGCUCGAGUGCUCGGGGUAUCCGCGAUAACGUUCUGUCCGAUCCCUGCGACGUUGUGCGUCGUCAAGGAGAUGAUUGCAGCGUUGGUCAGACACGAUUCGGUGAACACGGACGAUUAGUGCGUCGGGAUUAACGAAGAGGAACUUUGAAACCGAGAGUGCGCACCGGACUCCCUCGAAGAACAGUUCUCUGAACGAGACCUACUGACCUAUCGACUCGACGCCACGGCUACCCUACUCUUCCUCCUCCACCACGGUUGCCACUUUUUUUUUUUUUCGUUACUUACACCCCUGUGGAACACGCAUCGAAUCGUUCAGCUGUAAUCGACGAAUCGGAGGACAGCGACCGUUGGAGGAAGUGUGUGGCGUUAGGCAGGCGACGUGGCUGCGCGUACGAACGCGCGGGUGAAUCGAAGAGAGUCGUUCUUUGAACGAGACCCACUGACCUAUCGACUCGCCGCCCUCCGCUCCUACCCCCUGGGGUCUUUCCGUUUCUCGCCCACCCUACUUUCCGCCUUUGCUUCCCUUCGUGUGUAUGUGUGUUUACUGGCGUGCCGCGUCGUGGGACGUUUCGUGAUUCCCGUUUUCGUGUGGAUACUCCAGGGGUAACUGCUCGAAGACGACGGGGGUUGUUCGAUAUAUCGACUGCACAUUUACAAGACAAACGAGUGCCUAAGUAUCCGCGAUCAGUGCUCUAACUUAAACGUGUUCCAUUCGCACAAUCCCCUCGUCGCCUUUCACCCUCGGUGACUUUCUCUACUUCUGUUUUUUAUUUAGCGUUUACCGCCACUGUAUCGGUGUUCAGGGUAUCCCUCGCUCGUUCUCGACCUCGUCGUCGAGCGCUGAUCGGGCGUCGAGAAUACACGGUGAAGAGUGCCUAAAAUUUUAUGCCUUCUCGACUGAUUAUAUUGAUACGCGAUCGGAAUCGUCGUCGCAUCUCUCGCUCCCGCGCUUCGUUCUUUUUCGCGUUUCCUUCUUCUUCCUUUCUGUCGGAAGCGAUCGUUUGAUCGUUGAGCUCUUUACGCGGAGACGCGACAAACAGUGCCUCAGAUUAUUAUCUCUCGACUGAUCGACGGAGAAACUGUACGAAUCGUAAUCAUCCCUCGUACACCUCGACUUUUCGCUUCUUCUUCGGGGGCGUAUCCGAAUUUCGUUCGCCUUGCUCCCUCUCUGUUUCGAGAGAUCCGAGUAGCACCUCGUUUUUCUAACUCACCCAGUAGGUCAGGGUAACGUUCGAUAUCUCUCUUCCUCUUCGGAGUUUCCAUCGUCGUCCAACAUCCACGGAGACAUCCCUUUCCUAGAUCAUCCCGAACAGCCCGAGGACAAUCGUCGAUUGGUAAUCGCAGACUGAUAACGACCGUGAGUCGAACGAUCACACCAAGGUCGCCUAAUGAUUGGUCGAUCGGCCACAGGAGCAUUUGUCGAUUCGAUAGGACGCAGGAAGUCAACGUUUCCUCUCCCACCCGUUGCCAAACGAAUCGUCGAACUUUUACCAGGUCGAUCGAACGAACGCUAGCAGUCUCGACAGUGCAUCUUUAAUUUCGCCAGCUGGAAGAGAUGGAAUUCAGAUCGCGAUCCAGGAGCGUUGCAAUGCCCGUUGACGUCACGAAGGAUCCCAUGGCGAUCAUCGAGGAAUUUUCUCCUUGUAAAAGCGUGGCUUGCAGGUGCUGACCGUCGACAAUGAUUGUCUGAUCGUAGAGUUAACGUGGCACGAAGGAGGAACGGGGGUAUUAACAUUAGCAAUAAUAAGAAGAGGAUAGACACUAUAUCUAAGACAACACAGGAACCUUUCAGGAUAACGUUAAGCGUUUACGAGUAAACGGUGUUAUCGUUGAUUAAUUUCGCAGUGAGAUCGAAGGCGUUCGAUUCGAUUCGUUCGUCGUCUCCUCGCGGAGUCUGCCACGAUCGUAAAUAGCGAUCGAGGGAUCGCAACGUUCGAGUGAGAAAAAUGCCGAUGAAAUAAACUGAAAUCGAGGACAAACGUAAUCGCGAAAAAUGGCGGAAAGCGCUGCGAGUCCGGGUUCCGUGGUGGCCGCGAACAGUCCGCAGCAACAACAGCAAUCUCAACCACCGCAACAACAACAACAAACGCAACAGACACCACAACCGCCGGAUAUAAGCAGUUCGCAGCUGGCGUCUCCACCAAUCACGGGCACAGGUACGAAUAGGAAACGGUCGAGAUCUUCCGCCCAGAUCGAAAUAAUCCCGUGCAAGGUGUGCGGCGACAAGAGCAGCGGCGUCCAUUAUGGCGUGAUCACCUGCGAGGGUUGCAAAGGCUUCUUCAGGCGGUCCCAGUCGUCGGUCGUCAACUAUCAAUGUCCGCGGAGCAAGAAUUGCGUGGUCGACCGUGUAAACAGAAACCGGUGCCAAUACUGUCGGUUGCAAAAGUGCCUACGCCUCGGCAUGUCCAGAGAUGCCGUUAAAUUCGGACGCAUGUCGAAGAAGCAGAGGGAGAAGGUCGAGGACGAAGUUAGGUUCCACAGGGCACAAAUGAGAGCGGCCUCCGAGACGGCGCCCGAUAGCAGCGUGUUUGAACAUCAGACCCCAAGCAGUUCGGAUCAACAUCACCCCUACAACGGAGGAUACACAUAUGGAGGUAGUGAAUACGCUUCUCCCGGUCCCGGAACUGGCGGAUCGGGUUAUUACAAUCAUCAGGCGAUGACGAACUACGAGCUUAGCGCCGAUUACGUCGACAGCACGACGACCUAUGACCCGCGACCGACGCAGACGCAGGUCGCGGACACUGUCGCCCCUGAUACGCCCUCCGCUGUCACCGCGACUGGGGUACUUCCCAGCGUGGUCACCACCGGGAAGUCGCUGUCCGCAUCGACGACCGGAAGCAGCACGGGUGGUAGUGGUGGAGGUAGUAGCGGAGGCGGUGGUGGCGGUGGUAACGGUGGUGGAUCCGGUGGUGGUGGCUCGGGUGGUGGAGGGAGCGGUUCUGGCACCGCUGGUGGUGCGACCGCCACCGGCGGCGGGGGCGGCGGUGCCGGUUCUUUGAGCGGGGGUGGAAUCGUUGCUGUGAAGCAAGAGACCACCGUCGAACUCGCCAGCCUGGGCCAUGGCUCGUACACGAUGGUCGACUCGACGACCUUUCUGAGCAGUCAGCAACAGAGGGUCAGCAAUCCAUCCGAGGACGACGAAGUGCCGAGUCUGCCCAGUAUGUCCCAUGCGAGAUAUCCUGCACAGAUCAGCGAGCUACUCUCAAAAACGAUAGCGGAUGCACACGCAAGAACGUGUCUGCUGUCGACGGAAGAGAUCCAGGAGUCUUUCCGGAAGCCCCACGACCUCUCCAGAUUGAUCUACUACAAGAACAUGGCGCACGAGCAGCUGUGGCUCGAGUGCGCCCAAAAACUAACCACCGUUAUCCAGCAGAUCAUCGAGUUCGCCAAGAUGGUUCCUGGAUUCAUGAAGCUCUCCCAGGACGACCAGAUUGUUCUAUUAAAGGCUGGUUCCUUCGAGUUGGCUGUGCUACGUAUGAGCAGGUACCUUGAUCUUCAGCAGAAUUGUGUCCUCUACGGUGACACUAUGUUGCCACAGGACGCGUUUUAUACGACGGACACGGCGGAAAUGAAGCUCGUUUCUUGCGUGUUCGAAUUGGCCAGGAGUAUUGCCGAAUUGAAGCUCACGGAAACGGAGCUGGCGCUUUACAGCGCAGCGGUUCUGUUUAGUCCCGAUCGGCCGGGACUGAAAGGACUGGCGGAAAUCACGAGACUGUCACAGGCGGUAAUCAGGGCGCUGAGGUCGGAACUCGACCGUAAUCACGUGUCGCCGAUAAAAGGCGACGUGACGGUGUGCGACGCGAUCCUGGCGAAGAUCCCCCAGCUGCGGGAGAUCUCUCUGCUGCACAUGGACGCCCUCGCCAAGCUGAAACGGUCGCAGCCGCACCUCGACUUUCCGGCCCUCCACAAAGAGCUUUUCAGCGUCGACAGCUGAACGAUCGACGCGGCGCAGGGCGUCCCGACGCUGACGAACAAAGCGGUACGCGAGUAGCGCCGGGCCUUGCUCUGUCAAGGAAAGAAUCGUCAGUCGCGAUAUCCACAGUGAAAAAACGAUGAAUCGUUAAAGAAUCGUCGCCCAAUGCUUGGGAAUGGAGCCGAUUCGACUCGAAAUUAAGGUUUCACCGACGAACAAAUUCCUGUAAACUCCUCGAGGUGAAGGAUACGUUCCACUUGGUCUGACCAUGCCGGGAGCCAUCUACUUGCGUUCUUUUGGCCUCGAUCGACGAGACGUCGCGUCCGCGGGUGACGCCGCAGCGGAGGGAGGAAAAUAUUAAUCGAAAAGCAAACACACGACUCGUCAUUGACUGAAUAGUUCUAUUACUCGCGGUGCUUACGACAGGGAGCAAAAGAGGUACAAGCGUUUAACCGUAUAUUCGUCUCCUUUCUGUUGCAGAUUAUUUCCUUCGUAAUGAACGUAUUGGGCCUUAAAUAAACAUAACAUUGUUAUAUAUAUAUAAAGUAUACAUAAAAAAAAGCAACAUAAAGUAUAUAUGAAAGAUAUAUAGAAGUAUAUAUAUAUACAUACAUAUAUAUAUACACACAGAUAUAAAAUAUAUUAUAUAUAUAUAUAUAUAUAGAAAGAGAGAGAGAGAGAGUGUGCGUGUGUGAGCGAGUGUGUGCGAGAGUGAGCGUGCGAGAAAAUUAAAACCUGCGAGCGAGAGAGGGAGCGAGUGCGUCUUGUGCGAGUUGUUAGAGUAAGAAACGAUAAUCGCAUGAAAGAGAGACGAGACGACAGGUAAAUAAAAUUGAAUAGGCGAGCGAAAGGAGGUCUGCGUGUGAUAGUAGUGAAAUAUACGAGAGACGAAAGUGCGCGAGAGCGAGCGUAAGGGACGGAGUGAGAGACAGGGAGAGAGAGACAGGGAGAGAGAGAGAGCGAGAGGAAACUGAGAAUAUCGGUUGUUACGAUACAUACAUAAAAAAAAAGUAUAUAUUGUAUUAAUUAAAGUAAAGCAAAAAAAUGUGGUUAAAGGGCCCUGCCAGAACGGUCCACGGACGACGCAUAUGUGCACACACGUAUAUAGUAUACAUAUAUAUAAUAUAUAUAUCUCUAUACAACGGGGGACUGGCGUGUACGGAUGAAUUAUGGUCGGACCCGUCGCAACGCGACAUAGAUACCGGAAUAACAUUUAAACGCAAAAACGGUGCAAAAAAAAAAAAGUGAAUAUAACCCGAUGAAAUAGCGUCGACGAAGGGACUGACACGUCCAACUUCGCGAGUAGUGGUUCGCAUAGUUCCCUCUGAGCUACUUUAGACUGUAUAUGUAUAAAAACACACAAAAACACACAUACACAUUCACACACGUACAUACGAGGAAAUACAUUGUGUACACAUAUUAAAAGGGCGACAAAAAAAAAAAAGAAAAACUAGCACGUGCCACGACGGGACGACCACGAUUCGACGGUCCCCGCGCGCUUAAAAUGGAAUUUAAGAGACUCACCCACCACCGCCACCACCGCCACCAUCAUCCCCUAAGAAAAAAAAACAAAUAAAAAAAAAAUGGCAAAGCACAGCGAGAAAAAAAAGUGAACACAAAAGAAGAAAACGUUAGGGAAACAAAAAGAGAACUCGUACGCCAGGUACGAAACGAAACAAGUGAAAACGAAAAGAUAAACCGAAUUUUUGUCCCUGGACCGGGGUCUGGCCGGCUCACGGAGGCAACACGUGAAAAUGAACACUGGCACACGGAUACACACACACGAUAUACACACACCCGCAGCGAGACUAAACGACUAACGAUACUUUUACAUACACGAGCCUGCGCGAGCGCGUAGUUAGAGGUUUAAUCGAGGGUAACAAUUAUGUGCGCAUUAUAAACGUUUUGGUACUGUACGGCACUGUAUGACGCGUCUCUUUAUACGUAAACCACGUACUUCUUAACUAAAUAAUAAUAUCCAUCGCCCGCGGUGAAAAUAAAAAGCCUCUCGAAGCGUUUUUUACGCACCGUUACCGGCUUUCCUCGCUUUCGUCGGCCGGAUGCUGAUGAGCCGAUCAUCUACGCGUAUAGGACGGGCCUACGCCAAUGCGAUCUUCGACGAUAUAAAUCGAUUCGAUACUGCGAACGCUCCUUACACGAAUUGUUUCACUCUUUUCAUUUUCGAUGCGUUGCUUUGCUGUAGAAUUUUGAUUUAAUUGGAAAUAAAUUAAUGAUAGAGUUUUUAAAUGAUAAAUCUGAUCGUUGUAAUACAGUAAUAGCUACAAAUGGAUUCUAUUUAACUCAUCUAUCGCUCGAAGAAUAUUCAUUGAAAAUUUUCUUUCAAAUUAAAAUGAUUUAUUGAAAUUGCCUUCAUGUUUAAAUAAAUAGUGCCUGUUUCAUUAAGAAAUUAAGGAAAUAGUUUCCGAAAUGCUGGUCAAAAGUGAUUGAAAAUUAUUUAGGUAAAGACAUAUUUAACAUUAUACGAGGAUCUCGUCGUUUUGAUAAUAAUAAAAUUCUAAUUAAAUGUCUGUAGCCCGUUGGAUGAAUUUCAAUAAUGUACUCGCUGGUUCUCAUCUGAAUUAGAUUUAUAUUUACCACUUUCGCGAUACAUUAAUUGUGAAAAGCAAAGGAUGCUGUAGUUAAUUCCAAAAUUAAUUAAAAAUGUAGCAUAGCAGUGCCCAACAAAUUUUUUCGAAUGCAUACAGCACACUUUUAGAUCUACACUGUGUUUCUAAGCAGUCAACGCAUCGAAUUGACUAAUUAUGGGAUUAAUACUCGAUCAUCGUAUUCGAAGACACCAGAUUUAAUCGUUUGCGCUAUCGUUCCGUACCCCGGUUCCAUUUUCCUCUACAACUAAGGAGAUUCUAGCAACGUAAACAUUAAUCUAGAAAAUACUGUACUCGCUUAUUACCAAGUGUCGUCUAAGCCCUCUCUGUAAUCAUCGCGUGAGCUUCAUAAAAUGAACUCGAGAGGAACUAGAAAUUCUAUAAACAACACUAACGGCGCAAAGAAUUAAAUCUACCCCAAGAAAUCACUUCUCAAAAUACUAAUCCCUUUUCAAGGAGUGAAACAGAGCGUUUCGUUGGAAAAACACUUUCCUCGCUGCGAAGGACUACUCGAACAGAGAUGAGCACAAAAUUUAUAUCUAGAAUAAAUCACAAAUACCAACCAACUUGUUACUCUCAAAAGAAAACUCAGAGCUAUAGAUUGAAAUAAUUGCAAUACUGAAAUAAUCUACCCCUUCGGAAAUAAUAAAUCGCUCCAACUUAGUUUCAUUCCUUGUACCAUUUAUUUCCAUAAAAUUUUGCUUAUCUCUAAAGUGAAUGGGAAGCUCUCAGCGACGAAUUUCGUCGAAAAUCGCGUCGGUUGGCUCCUCGAACCGUGAGAAGACACUUCGUGGAUUCCGAUCAACGUCAUGACGAUCAACGACCAAUAGUUUCCCCUUUCGAGAGACGUCGUUUGUCGCGGCCGCGUGUUUCACUUCGCUGUUAAGUCCGUUUUUUGUACGCGAUCAACGAUUCCACGGUUAAACACAUUAGUUAGUUGCGUAGGGCUCGCCCGGUUCUAGCGCGAGACGAACCGAGGCGGACCGACCGAUAUUGUUGGCGAUUUAUCGUUAGACGCUUAGAGUACGAAAGUGAUUCGGGGGCGGCGCGUUGUUUUUAGGGGAGGAAUUCCCGGCGUUUUCGACUUUCUAUAUGGAUUACGAGUUUCUAGCUCCGUUUGCUCCGAGGAUCGCUCUCUCGAUACACGGGGAAGCCCUGUUUUUUCGUCGCAGAUUCCCCGUGGGUGUUGGUUUGCGUCGCGACGUUCUUCGCGGCUCGAUCCGUUCCGUGCCCGUCGAGAUCCGGAUUGUACGAACUGUCGUGUCGAUUGGCGGGAGAAGGUAUAGUUGAAUACAGACUUUCAUCAAUUUCAAACGAAUAUAAUCGACUAAACGAUACAGAAGAACCUGAGGCUAAAUCUGGACAAAUCCGUCGGAGUUGUUGGGUAUUCGAAAAUUUGACUCCGCGGAUGAUAGACACGUCAAUUGGUAAUUCACGAACACGGUGAUAAAUACGGAUCGAUUAUCCACGCGAUAAAGAUCAAUGAAAUUUCCCGCGUUGUACGAGGCAACGCGUGCCACCUAUUCAACUAUACCGUUCCCUCUGCGCGCGCUCGAACGCCAGCUCUCGAGAACGUCGAUUUAGCCGAGUUUUAACGCUAAGUUCGAGUUUUCUGUAGCGCACCGCGAGCUUGGCCGAUACUUUACAGUAAAGUGUCCUCCCACGAUUUUUAGCGCAGCUUAGCAGACCGCGUAGCGUGACCGUAGCCGAUAGAAACGUACAAACGUUUUUUAGAUAAGUUUUCACCGUAAAGUAUCGUCCGCGGCUCGAACGAGAAAAAGAACUCUUAUUCUCUUCUCUUAUUGUAAUUUAGCGUGACGCUUGAUCCCUGAAGCGGGAGCCGAUCGAUCCACGGUACUAUCGACUAUUUUUUUUACACAUACCAGAGGGACGGGGGAAGGAGGAUUCGUCUCGCGUGUAGCAUCGAAUGUUUCUAUCGCUGGUCGCGUUAUCGUCGACGAUCCUUGGACGUGUUGUCGCUUCAGGGAUUUCAGUUUUUAAUCAUCACUUCUAAUCCAUCGAAGGAGUCGAGCGACGUAUCGAGAAGAACCGGGAGGGAGGGGGAGCACAGGGGAGAGAUACGAGGGGAGGAAAUAGCGUAGACGAACGAUUAGCGUCGAGAAAAAUAUUUUUCUCGACGCGAGGGGUGAGGGCUGGAGCGAGAGAGAGAACUUGGGGGUGAAAAUGACGAAUAAGCGAGCGAGAGGGUUGCGGGUAUAUCGCAUAAGGGUGGAUUGGGGGUAGAAAGAAGGGAAAAAUGGGACAAGAAGAGGGCUCGACGAGAGCGAUGGCGAAUCCGUCACGGUGCGCCGACUGACACGUUUUCGGACGGUUUAAAUAAUACUUAUAGCGAAAUUAAGAAAUGCAUAUUAUUCUGCCGAUUAACGAGUAAGUGCGUAGAAUUCGUUUAACUGUAGAUAAAACACGUACACAGUCACGUACGCGCGAGUGCAAGAUACAUUACCACCUGUAAUCGUUCACCCACCAACCACCCACCCAUGUGUACACUGCGUACAAACACACGUACACACAUACGACACGCAUACACACACAGGAACACCGAACACAAUUACACGAUUACACGUCGAAGAUAACCGAGGGGACGGUUAAGAGAAACAAGAAAAAAAAAUAAUAACAAAAAAAAAGUAAGAAAAAAACGAAACGAAUGGAGGAGAGAAAGUGAUGGGAGAGAAAGUGAGAGAGUUAAAGAAAUAAAAAUGCAAAACAGACACACACACAAAGGCGCAACACGUACACGCGCACGCACGUUGCAAUUAGACGUUAUUAUCGCAAUUUGGAGUUAAAUUUUAUAAUAUAUAAUAUAUAAAAAUAUAUAUAUAAUAAAUAAAAGUUGACGGAUAAUAUAGUUAUAUUAAAUAUCGAUUAAAAAAAAAAAAAAGUAAUAAUAAAAGUGUGGGAGCGUAUCUUUUUUAGGGUGGCGCGACACACGCGCUAUCGACACUCUCCCUAUCCUCGAUCCUUCGACAUUCUCGAUCCCUCUUUCGGGAAUUUCGUAUUUUUUGUCGAUCCACCAACACAUUUCAUGACAUUUUUAUCUUUCUCGAGAACUGAUGUCACCACGGAAAUGAAAGUUAUGGAAAGUUAUGGUCAAGAUUUAUUUAAUUUCCAAUGCAUGGACUCCAAUUUAUUAUACAACUCUCAUUAAUUUCUCCCGUUUUCUCCUAUUCAGUAUUUAUCAGUAUUUACACCAGAGUUUUCCGAUGAAUAGAUUGUUCAGAUCAAUUUUAAAUACAUAAGCGACAAUAAAUCAUUUAUUGGAAAUAUUUUACGCGAGGCACGUAGCAUAUGUUUAAACAUUUUUGACUGAUGGCUUUGACAAAAAACUGUUGUUAUCAUACAACGUAUUAGACCGUAAAAUUCCUAUUGAAUCUAAACAAUAAAAACUUUAUGAAUAUGUAAGAUAUAAAUAUUACUUUGAUAUUUCGAGACAGGUGUGGGGGUGGCAUCAAUCAGUGUUACAAAAUAUUUAAAAAUAUCUUACUAGUAAAUUGAAUUGUCAAAUUUAUCGCUCAUUCCAGCAAACAUUUUAUUCAAUACCUUUGAAAUCAAUUGUACGAAAUGCAAUAUUCGGAAGACUGCCACAACGUAAAUCUAUCGUUACCUCAUUCUAUCUAAUUUUCAUAAUUUACUCGUUUAAAAAACACCGACAAUGUUCAUUUCAAACUUCAAUCACACAUCAUAUGCGAAUGAUUUACUGUACACAACAGUAGAAUCUAGUAUUACACUAAUAGAGCAUACAAUAUUUAUUAGACAUUAUAUUCACGUUCCAAUAACACUUCACAAUAAUUAGAUGAACUAUGUAGACCUCUGACCAAGAGAAAAUAUUCGAAGCUAAGUCAUUUGGUUGAUUAUGUAAUAAACAUGACAAUUUUAAAUGGUCUGAAACUAACAUAAUGAUGAAAUGUUUAUCUAGUUUGGGAACUUCUUAAAAUUUUAUUGCCAUUUAUAAAUACGUUUAUUCAUGUUGUACAAAUAUAUGAAAUAGUAAUUACUAUU